ACCAAUUAGGAAAGAGAGAAGACAUAAGGGAGCGUUGUGGUCUCACUCGCAUCGAGAAAUUAACAACACAUCGCCGGAAAUGACGAAGCGGAAUCUCCGAUCGAAGGUCUUAACCGUGGGAGAAGACGCUGAGCAACUCUACCAGAAGAGGAUCCGAGAUCUGGAGUCAGUGAAUGAAGCUCUCAAGUGCGAAGUGGAAGAGCUAAGUUCCAAAUUGGCUGAUGUUUCGAUUAGUUCUUCUACUGGUACCUUACAGUCAAGCAGAAAGUUUUCUCACAAGUCUAGUGCUACAAAAGUGGAGAUUAUAAGCUCAAGGACUAAGUCAAAUUUGCGCUCUAUGUGCUCAACAAAGAAGCAUAAAUCCGAGAGCUCUGUAAAACAGUUCGAUGGUGAAGUCCAGAAACUUAAGGCGCAAAAGGUUAAGUUGCAGUGCAAGAUCAAGCUAGACUCUAUGCAAUUCAGACUAUCGAAAGCUUCACUAGAAAAGGAAACUCUUCAGCUUAAAAAAGAGCUAAGGAGGAGCGAGUUCGAAAAACAGGUCCUGUCAGCUUUGAACAGGCGCCAGAAACAGAUUUUGCAGCUGAAGAAUGCACAAGCUUUGACAGCCCUGAAACGCCUUAGAUUGCUGCUGCAAUCUAAAAAGAUAUCUUCGAACAAAAAUAAAGGCCCACCAAAAGGAACAAGCUCUAAGAUUGAGGAUUCUAGCAAUGAAGUUGGGCUACUAAUGAAGUUGAAUAAGAUUCAUUCUGAUUACGAACGCCAAAUGAAAGAAAUAGCUGUUGAGGUAAAAAGAUUCAGCCUAGAGGCGAAUGUGUUGAAGGCAGAAUUUGAGGGAGAGCAAAACUCAUUCUCUGCGUCACUUGACAGCGGAAUCAACCAGACCCCGAUUGACUCGGAACUAAAGGAACUUAAAGAGGAGUUUAGCAAACUGAGUACUCUAGUCAGCCAGAUGGAGAUGGCCAAAUGUCAACUCAGUGAAACAGAUAAAGUUCAGAGCGAACCAGCUGAAUACUCUGUUCCCAGCAAGGAUUCCUACGAUGAAUCAAACUUGGAGCUCUCUCAACCAAAAACUUCUGAGGAAACGAUCUACAAUACCAAUGAUCAAUCAAAUUUGGAGCCAUCUCAACUGGAAACUUCUGAGGAAACGCUAUGCAAAACCAAUGAUCAAUCAAAUUUAAAGGCAUCUCAACCGGAAACUUCUGAGGAAUCGCUUUGCAAAAGAGAGGAGAACAAAGUGGACGUGUGUUGCUCUUGCACUAAAAAAUCUCUUUGCAAGACCAAAAAUUGCAAAUGCAGAGCAAAUGGAAGUGGGUGCGGUAUCUCUUGUGGCUGCAUAGCUUCCAAAUGUAGCAACAGAGAAGAAAACGUAAGAUCCGAUAAAGCAAUGCAACCAGUAGAUGGUAAGAAGCCUGUUGGGAUUAGUCGUGAUGACAAGGAAGCAAACAAACAACCGUUACGUGAUAUAGGGAAUAUACAAGAAGCUGUAAAAGUUGGUAAGUUGAGAAAAAUACAGAAACAAGUUGCUAAGAAGUAAUGGAAAAAAAUGACAUGAUAUAAAAGUAAACAGACAACCCAAGAAGCUUCAAGACCUUGUUUUAAGUUUUUCUUUUUUCUCUCCUUUUUUUUUGUUACAAAUCCUUUUCUUCCAUUUUGUCUUAAUGUUGUAAAAGCAAAGGUAACAGACUUUGGCUAUGCAUAUGUUGAUUUCGAGAGGUUAGUAAUAAUAGGGAUGUUUUAUGGGUAGACAAUGUAGUCCCCAAGAUUUACCUUGAACAUAUGGAAGUCAUGAAUCGUUCGUCAAUUCAAAUUUUCGGCCGAGACAGAUUUGCGG